AUGUCCAUGGCCGCGCUGAGCUUCCAGUACCCGACGACCGCGGCCCCGCUGUUCCACCGCCAGUUGGACGACGGCGGCAGGGACGUGAGCUACCUGCAGGACGUCCACCCCGACGUCACCGACGCGCUCCUCGGCUUCGUCUACGACCCGCUCGACCCCGCCGUCAACGCCGGACUCGACGAAUUCCUCAACCUCCCCCUCCACCACGACGACGACGACGACCAAAAGCACCGCGUCAACAAGAAGCCGCGCGCCGAUGAUGGCGCCGCGUGGUUCGACUUCACGGCCACGGACGCCGCCGAUGGCAUCGCCACCGGUCAGCCGUGGGACAAUGCUGGCGCCCAGCCCGCGCCGGAGGUGCUCCCGCAGUUCCUGACCGAGUUCGCGCUGCCACUCCCGCCGCCUCCGCCGCAGGUGUAUCCCCCGGCGUUCGUGCGCGGAUCGGACGCGAAGAGGCUGCAGGCCAACGAGGGGCGGCAGCAGCAGCCGUCCACGCAGAGCGCCGCGGCGAGGGAGCGCCGGAGGCGGAUCAGCGAGAAGACGGCGGAGCUGUCGCGGCUGAUCCCCGGAGGCCAGAAGCUGAACACCGCCGAGAUGCUGCAGGAGGCCGCGCGCCACGUGAAGCUCCUCCAGGCCCAAGUCGGCAUGCUCGCCCUCCUCCGCACCAUCGAGGAGGAGAAGGUGCCGGCCAUGGCGCAGGAGCAGAUGCACGCGCUGCUGGUGAGCGGCGGCGUGCAGGAGCGGCUGGCGGCCGAGGGCAAGUGCCUUGUGCCGAGGCAGCUGGUGGACGCCGUGGCCAAGGACCCCGCCGUCAAGUCCAACGCGCUGGUGAACAGAGACCUCGCCCGGUUCAUGGAGUCGCUGCCGGCCGCGGAGCAGCAGUAGCCGGCCAGCCAGCAGAAAGCGCGCGCGGAUGCCGGCAUGACGACAUGGGCGUCCUUUUUUGAGAACGCCGCCGUUCGUGCAUGCGCGCGCGCCCUGCUGCUGUCGUCCGUCGCCGCGUGAAUUUGCUGACCCCCGACGACGGCUGUCUAUAACUAAUCUUUGAUUAGUUUAGCACGACCCACUACUCAUCUCUUUGAUUUCAGUUAGAUUAAUUUACUUUAAUUUGUUAUUCUACGGGCGUGUGCAGUGACACUGACAUUGUGUUCCACACACAGCUGAUUUUUGUAAUCUUUGCAUUCAUGUUGUCAUUCUCGGUUCAUUCGUGACCGCUAGUUUGAAUUUAUU